CCGCCGCCUGCAACAAUGAAAUGGACGAUGAGACAAACCAACAUCCAUCCACGUCGCAUCCAUCAUUAGACAUUUACAACAUUUACACACCUAUACACACACACCCCUAUGGCGUCCUCAACAGAAACAGACCCCUUCCUCCAAGUCCAAGCGGACGUCCUCUCCGCCCUCAACGACAUUCGCCCCCUCUUCUCCUCCUAUCUCCGCAUCCGCUCCCUAGCUACGUCGCCGUCGUCCCCCGAACUCCAACAAGCACGCGCAGAGCUCGAAACAACCCUCCGCCAACUCUCUGCAGAUCUAGAAGACCUAGUCGAAAGCGUGCGCGUCGUCGAGAAGGAUCCAUACCGCUAUGGCCUAGAGCUAGAGGAAGUCGGCCGCCGGCGCCAGUUGGUCGAGGAUGUCGGGAGGGAGAUUGAGGGUAUGCGCACGGAGCUUGAGCGGACGGUUACCGCCAGCACUACAGCUCUCAGAGGCACACAUGCCGGCACUGGCACUGGAACCGGGAUCGGCGGAGGAUCGCUGCCCAGCCCCUCCCACUUCGAGCUCCAUGAUGAUCACCUGCUCGGCGACGACGGCGAGCGGGAAGACUACUAUGCUGAAUUCGAGGAGCAGCGGCAGCAGGAGCUGAUGGCGGAGCAGGACCAACAACUUGAUGGGGUGUUUCAGACGGUGGGCACGCUGCGGCAGCAGGCGGAUGAUAUGGGGCGGGAGCUGGAGGAGCAGGUGGAGAUGCUGAAGGAGGUGGACACGUUGGCGGAGCGGGUUGGGGGCAAAUUGCAGAGUGGGGUUAGACGGGUGGGGAAGAUUAUACGGCGGAAUGAAGAUACGGCGUCGAGCUGUUGUAUAGCGGUGUUAAUUAUGGUGUUGAUACUGCUAUUAAUUCUGGUUAUUGUGCUAUAACUACAAAUUCGAAACGGAGGGUUAGAUGGGGAUUCUUUUCUCUCCCUUCCUUUGGUAUACAUUGUUCAACAAAAACGAAAGACAAAAAAAGACGAAACGAAAAUAUGAAUUUCCACGCAAAACUCAAAACCAUCCCAUCAAAACCAUUUUCGUUCAACAGAGAAAAGAUACAAGGGCGAAACGAAAGGGGGAAAAAGGAGCUCAAGUCUUGGCCUUCUUGCGAGGUCUGUCAGUUUCCUCUUCAUCAUCAUCGUCGUCGUCUUCCAUCCCGUCCAUGUCGAAAUCAAUAUCGGAACCGAACUCUGGCGCCUGGAGCGAUUGUACUGCACACAAGAAGCAACGGUUAGCAGGAAAGAUACGCAAGAAAACGGAGAAGCAAAAUAGAAGAAAAGAAAUAACGAUCCAAAUUGAGACAUACCGUAAUACUUAAGCGCAUUGUCCCAGACUUCGUCACAAAGCGACAUGGCAAGCUCAUGACCCUCGGGGUAGAUCUCAGCAUCCAUAAGCCCAUCCUCGUCGUCGUCGUCAGCAUCUUCAUCCUCCUCGAAUUCAUCGCCUGACGCAGCAUCACCCUCACCCUCCUUCUCCUCGUCACCCUCAACCUUCUCUCCCCGAGCGAUCUUCCCCCAAUAUUCCUCAUCAGCCUUCAUGGCCUCCUCCGACUCCUCAGCCGAGAUAUCCCGUCCACGAUACCCAAACCACGCAAAGAAGCUCACAUCAGCAGGACCCCCAUCCUCAUGAUCAUCCUCAUCCUCAUCCUCAUCCUCAUCCUCAUCGUCAUCUCCAUCCGCCGCACGCUCAGCACGCAAACCCGCCUGAGCCUCCACCUUGGCCACCUCCGUCACCAACUUCUCAUACUCGGGUAAAUCCAACCGUUGCUCCGGCGUAAUCUUUUUCCCCGCAGCGACCUUGGCCUCUGCCUCCGCAAGGUUACACGCCGCAUCCAACAAUCCCUUCGUAGGAUCCACCUCCGCCUUCCUCCACGGGAUCCGCACAGGCUGCGACACAAGGCCCUCCCACACCUUCCUGCGCCCACUCUUCUCCGAAACUCCAAUACUCUUCCGCCAAUAAAACUCCUUGACGAGCUUCCCAUCGCCGCCGAACCACACGUUGCGCUCCGGGCUCGUGUCGAACUCGAAGGUGAAGCGGACGUCGCGGGGAUCGCCGGCGUCGCCGGCCUCGUUGACGCUGACGCGCUCGACGGUGAAGUUCUUCAGACACUCUCUGAUGAUCAUUUCGUCGGAGGGGAGGAGGUAGGCUUCGAUUUCGGAGGCAAAGACACGGGGCCAGAAGUCGGCGUCGGCGAGCUUGCUGGCUAUGAGGGCAUUGCGCCGGGUGUAGAGGGGGCGGAGGAGUGGGAUGGAGGCGCGGACUGUGUUUUUUUUGGGGGUUUAUUUAUUUGUUAUUAGAUUAUGAUUAUUAUGAUUAUGAUUAUUAUUAUUAUUAUUAUACAACUCUUAGAUGUUGAUGCGUGCACGCCGAUAACUAAUAUAUGAUGUUUUCCCUAGCGAUACGGCGAUACGCGAAAUGAGGUAGAUAGAUGUUAUACGUACACGCCUGAACCUCCGCCUCCACAAACUCGCGCUCCAGCAGGGCGAUUUCGCGCGCCGUUUCCUUGGGGAUUGUAGGGGUGGUGUCGGGCAUUUCCGCGCGCUCGAGGAGCGGAACCUGGCCGUCGUCGGAGGCCAUUGCGAAGGGUAAUGCUAAACUCUUUUUAUUUGCCUAGAUGAGGCUUUUUGGGGGGUUAGCGGGUCAAUUUGAUCUGGUGGACUGCGGCGGAGGUUAUGUAUGGUAGGGUGGCGGUAUUGUGUUUGGGAAUGAGUAAGGGAGAGAGACCCGGGGGGGGGGUUGCAUAUUCUGGAGGAGGACAAGCAAUUGAUGAGGGUCGUGAGGAUAGAUGCUGGUGUUGGUGCUGGUGCUGGUGUUUUUAUGGGGAUUGAGAUUGGGAUUGGGAUGCUUUCCUGUCGCAAGUUGACGAUGGUGGUUGAUAGGUAACAUUAAUAAAUUAAUACAAACCUUUUCUUUCUGUCUCUCUUUCUCAAUCAAAACCAAGGGAUAAAGUCCAAACAGAAUACAAUCCAGAGAGAUACCUUAUCUUGUCAAAGGAGGCAAAAGAGGCACAGAAGAAAUACACACACAGGGGAAGAAAAUAAUACAGAGAAAGAAU